UACUGUGUAAAUAUUAUUUUUAAAAUCUAUUUCGACUAAGCACUGUGCUCCGUUAAAUAUGGUAGAGAAAACACAUCUGAAACGGCUCCACCUGCUGGAAUAUUAAAGAAAUUGAUAGUUUGUGGCAGUGCUCUUCAUAUUAAACCAAAGGUUUGAUUCACAUAAAGAUUUAAUCAAAAUAAUGUGUAUGUGCGGGCGCGGUUUGCCAUGCUUUGCGUAAACUUGAUUCCAAUUAUAUAUUUUUAAGUCUCAAUAACACUGAGCGAGUUACAACAUUAUCCCCAAGUAGUAGGUCUACGUGCAUUCAACCCAUAUUCAAUUUUCAUUGAUUACACCGAAACACCAUUCCAUCACCCCCAAUACAAAAUAAAUACAUAAAUAAAACAUGCCACAAGUAAAGAGAGAACAAAUUGAUUCUUCCCUUGGUAGAACAGUCCUGCGGAAUAAUCACUCGUGCAUUUCCGGUGUGACCGGCGUUUGGGCAGCUUUUCGCAGAUAUAUUUUUUUUAACGUCAAUUUGUUCUGAGUUUCUUUCAUUUAUUUCCCUGAAGCACGGUUUAAUGUGUAAACAUGCGUCCUUAAAGUUUCCCACCACACCUUAGUAAACAUAUUUUGUAUUCUUAAAUACAUUAUAAUGUAAUGGUUUAAGCUGUAUCCGUGCUCAAGAGAUAAAGAGUGAGACCAUAGCUUUUCGACUCCACGAGGCACGUGGCAGGCAGUUCUGUGAUUUGUAUUUCACGGCCAUUUCCCCUGGAUGCAGCUGCAACGUUACACGCACUGCUCAGUGACAAGGUAAUCCAGAGGGAGUUGGUACAAUGCUGGAAAUAUCCAUCUUAAAGAUCCAGGAUCCUGGAUGUUUCUGGGGUCGGAUUGUAAAAGGAGCUGGACUGAAGAUACAGAGCCCCCAGGAAUAUGAGAACCUGCAUGUCAAAAUGAACCUUUUCUAUCACGAUGUCAACCUGGACGUCCAGAAGAUCAGGCCGCCAUCACUGGCAGAGCGACAGGUCUGUGUGGUUUACUCACCCACCCUGAAGAGUUGGUGCAGAGCUGUUGUAGAGUCGAUCUUCCCGGGAACUGUUGGCUGCCAGGUCAUGUGCUUUCUGGUGGACCAUGCCGAACACAUUCUUGUGAGCUCAGACAGCGUCAGAGCGCCGCUGGAGAAGUUCCUGCAGCUGCCGUUCUGGGCGAGGAAGUUCCAGCUCGCUGGCAUCUGCCCCAUGAGGCUGCAAGUGCCCGUCUAUCAGGAGAAGGCCAAGCUUGUGCCUUCAACCCACUGGGACAGCUCUGCUACACGGUACUUGCACAGUCUUGUACAAGCUUCCUCACUGUUAGAGGCUGUGCUGUGUGAGGUGCUGGAGGACGCCACUGCCAUUGAGCUCUAUUUAACCGUCAGGAAUGUGAAGGUCUGUGUGAACGACGACUUGGUUACAAAGAAGUUUGCGUGCUUCUCGAGCAGUAAGUCUGGAUCCAGCCCUCGUGACUGCCUGGACGACGCCUCCCCCGCCAUGCUGGCGGGUGACAUCUUCUCCAGCGGCAGCGCCUUUACGACACGCAACGGCUGCGUCUUGCGGUCGCUGUGCUCCAGCAUCUCUCCCAGGAAGGACCUUCAGAACGGCAGCCCAGUGGCGAGUCAGACUGCAGGUAUUGGCUCCUGGAGAGGCACACAGGCACCACCUGGGGGCGCUCCAGAGCCCGAACCUCUGAGCCCUGAAACGGCGGACACAGCGGGAGCUCAAGCACGCGGCGCAGUGGGUGGGAGUGAUGGUGGCGUGGCCAGGAGAGCUUCUGACUGCAACCAGGAAUCAUUGGCGGGAGCCUUUUCUUCAGAUGGCUGCCAGGUUGAUGGGAGUCACCACCAUGCGUUGGAAACUGAGACACAGUCUUCCCUGGCAGAUGAAUUACUCAAUAAGCUUAACUUGUUCAGGUUUAUGAAGUUCUUGAAUCCGCUCUCUAAAACUAAGAAAGCACACUCUGAGCCCGACUCGGAGGAGAAGACGGAGACGGACGGUGUGAAGAACGAUCCGGAAGAAGACACACAGACCCAGGAGAUCAGCACAGCUCCACAAUCUGAGGACAUCUCUGCAGCGCCCCCACCAGGCCAAGUGCGUGAUGCUAGUGUCCUUGUAAAAGAGGAGGAGGAGGUGGAGGAAGAGGCCACAGCCUUCAGAGAACAGCAGGCUCUUGAAGAGGAGUUAGACUGUGCAAGGUUGUUGCAGUUGCUAAAUCCGGAUCCUUUGAAUGCAGAUGUGGAAUGCUUGGACAGCACAAAUAUUCAAUGUGGGCCUAGCAAGAAUGGGAUUUUACUGCAUUCCGCCAUUGACAUUGACCCCUGCACUAGCCUGGCAAAUUCUCCUAUCACUGAUAACAUCAGGAAGGGUCUGGUGCGUAAGGGGUACGGCAGGCCGCGCGUGGCGGAGUGGUACAGCUGGCCGGCGGUGGCGCGGGGCUGUGACACUCUGCUCAUCUCCGGCUGCGGAGCCGAUCCCCUCACCUACGUCCCCCCGCUCCUGUCCCACCUGCACCUGGUCUCCGCCUGCAGCACCCUCACCUCACGCACCGGGCCCAUAGCAGUGAUCCUGUGCCACGGUUGGGAGAAGGCCCAGUGUGUGUUUGACCUCCUGGAGGACACUCCCGCUGCAGAGUCCCUCCAUCCCAUGAUCGUCCUGGUGGGAGAGAAGGACGAGGCCAAAGGUGUCAAAAUACAGAGGAACUGCCAGGUGUUGGUGACCACGCCCUUCAGCCUGGCACGCCUGCUGGCGUUCCACUGUUUCCUCUUCCUGAGGCUGUGCCACCUGGUGCUGGAUGAGGUGGACGUGCUGUUUUCCAAAGCACCGGAGGAGAUGGCCGUUGCCCUUCAGCACUUCCAGAAGGCGGCCGCCAGCGAGGAGCGGGCGUUCUGCACCAAGCAGAUCAUCGCCGUGGGCCGGCAGUGGAGCAGGGAGGUGGAGGGCCUGGUGAGGGAGCACAUGAGCGACCCCAGCAUCAUCAUCACCGUGAUGGAGGAGGCUGCCCUCUACGGCGGGGUGCACCAGAUGGUUCUGCUGUGUCUGGACUGCACCAAGGUCUCAGUGCUGCUCGGAACCCUGGACUUCGUUCCCGAUGUUGCUCAGAAGACCCUCAUCAUCACCAACACUGUAGAAGAAGUGGAGCAUGUCUUUCAGGCAGUGAACAACACCGCAGCGUUCUGCCUGAUGGUCCACGAGGGCUUGACCUACCAGUUUGACUUCGUCAUUGAGCAGUGGAGGAAGCAGAUUGGGCCGGGGACCCACGUCAUUUUGGUCGUGACUAAUGAGUGCCUGAAGGCCCUGGGGAUUCGGGAUGCUACCUGCGUCGUACACUACGGCUUCCCCAGCUCUCCCAAGCUGUUCGGGGCCCGGCUGUGCUGCAUGUCCCAAAACUUUCAGAACCUCUCUGUCAAGGACUGCGAGAAGCCGUCGCGCGCGGCCAAGUCGGUGCUGCUGCUGUCGGAGCGGGACGCCGGGCACGUGGUCGGGGUGCUGCGCUACCUGGAGCGCGCGGACGCGGCGCUGCCCCCGGAGCUCCUGCACUUCGCCCAGGGCGUCCUGCGCGCCAAGGAGGGCCAGAAGGGCGGCCGGCCCCUCUGCGGCUACCUGAAGAGCUUCGGCUUCUGCAGGGAUAGCAGAGUGUGUCCCGAUCGACACCUCAUCGACCCCAAGCAAGACGCCCCUCAGCACCCCGACUCUGGGAACGCAGUGGUUCUACCCCUGUACAUAAAGAAUGCCUCCUGUUACUAUGGACGCAUAGUGAGCAGGAAAGAGGGCUCUUAUGAAAGUCUUGCGGCAGAGAUGAUGGAAUAUUACGCCAGCGAGAAGUUCAAUGCCAAGGACGUGGUAGAGGGAGGGAUCUAUGGAAUCCAGGAGGAGGGGGUCUAUCACAGGGUCCAGGUGCUCGUUGCCCCGGACCGCGGGGAGCGUCUCUUCUGCAGCGUUAGAGUGCACUUCCUGGACGAGGGGCGCGAGCAGGAAGUGAAGGCCCACCAGCUGCUGGCGCUGCCCAGCCGACUGCACAGCCUGCCGCCGCAGGCCGUCGAGAUCAUCGUGUGCCGCGCCAAACCCAUCGACGGGGAGGUGGACUGGAACCCUAAGGUCAACAGGUGCAUCAGCCAGAAGAUCAAAGGAGUGGAGCAUCACGCCAAAAUUGUUCUGAGCCUGGGGAACACAGUCUGGGUGGAUCCUAUGGUGCGAAUCACCCGUUUGCCAGGACUGAAGACCUCCAUAAACGAGUACAACGUGCGCUCUGAGAUCCUGGCCACCGGGAUGGGUACCAGCAACCCCCAGCACCUGGAGCUCCUGAGAGCGCUGUGCCCGGACGCGGCCGUUUCCGCCGCUCCUGGGGAGCCCGCCCCCGCCGUGCAGCCAGCGGCCCCUGCAGAAGCCCUGGAGGCCCGGCUGAGGAGCCCCGUGGAAGCCCUGGCCAACGGAAUGGAGGCCUGCACAGACAGUCUGCAGUCAGGACGGGGGGAGCCGGGAGACCCCCCUGAGAGGGAGUCCGGAGUCCCUGCCCCUCCUCCAGAGAGCGGGCCUCAGGCCCCCUCGGGGGUCUCAGAGACCGGGGCCGGGCUGGGGUUGGGUCACAGCCUCAAGCUCUUCCCGGGUCUGGGUGCUUCUGUGCCGAACGGGCCCCGUGCCUUUUUAGGGGCCCUGGAGAGUAAGCUGGGGGCCCCUGCCGCCCCUCUGGAGAAUGGGGUGCAGGAGAACGGAUUAAACGGUGCAGGCUGUGGAGCGCCCCCUGUAGGCUGCCCAGCAGGGGAGGAGGAGGAGCUCCCACAGACCACACGGUUCCACCCGCACAUCAAGUGGUUCGAGAGGGACGACUCCGUCACCCUGAACAUAAAGCUGCUCAACGCCACGGAGCAGAAGUGUGAAUUCUUCUCUGACAGAGUGGUGUACAGCGCCCGCCUUAAUGACAGGCGUUACUAUGCGGACCUGCGGCUGAGCGCUAGCAUCGUAGCGGACGCGUCCUCCUGGGAGGCGGGGCGCGGCGAGCCGGUGCUGAGGCUGAUCAAGCGGAGGCCCGGCGCCUGGAACGCGCUGCUGCGGCGGAGGAGCCCCUUCGUAACCUUUGAUUUUGACCACUUUGAGGGCGAUGAACCAGCGGUAGAGAACACAGCAUCCGAAAUGGGACGUUUUCCUGUUGGUGAUAAAGGUCGCUGGUUUGUGGAGCACACUGGAGAAGAGGGGUGCUACGUGAGGUCAGACUCUGAAAGUGACAGUGACUGAACGAGUGGAUGGCAGAACUUCACCUUUUCAGAAGCGUCUUCAAGCUUUGUUUCUUUUUUUGUUUUUUUAUGAUUCUGUCAAUGUCAAGGCCUCAGCCUUUCAUUCACAAUGACAUGUGCUACAUGCCUUUAUGAAUGCUAGAGAUCAGGGGUUUACGAGUCAUUAGGAGAGCCACUGUGUAUGCUGCCUUUCAUUCAAAGCAUAACUGUAAUAAGUUGUUAACUGUUAUUGAGUUGACACUUAAUGAAAGUACCCUCCAAAAUUAUUCACACUGACAAUUUAUUCAAGUGAAAAAGACUAUUAACUGCUGAGAUGGUGAGCAAAUACUUUUUUCUUGAUUUGGCUGUGUACUCCACUAUUCUAAAUUUGUAAUCAAACUUUGGUUUCACCAUGAGGAAAUUGCAGCACUUCUUAUACAUACCCCCCCCCCCCAAUUUCAGGUCACCAUAACGUUUGGGAUAUGUUAACGUUAUGUAAUAUUAAAGUAGUCAUGUUUAGUACUUUGUUGCAUAUCCUUUGCAUGUGACUGCUUGAAGUCUGUGACCCAUGGACAUCACCAGGUGCUGAGUAUCUUCCCUGGUGAUGCUCUGCCAGGCCUGUACUGCAGCCAUGUGGAGGUCUGGAGAUUUAGCCAUUGCAACACUGAUUUAUUGUUGAUUUUGAGGUAUGCUUUGGGUCAUUGUCUUGCUGAAAGUUGCAAUUGCAGUCAAGUUUUGAGGAUACCCGGAUUUUGGCCAAAAUAUCUUUGUACUUGCUGGAGUUUAUGAUUCCAUUGACUGUAAAGGGAUAUUUCACCCUUUCAUAAUAUAAGAAAUUUUGUGGAGCCUACUCCAUUAACAUAACAUUAUAUAAUGACGAGAACAGGACAUGCUCGCCAUUUUCCAAUCGCUAAAGUGUGCUUAGUACUGGUUUUACCUAUGAACUAGAUAGUACCUAGCACCCUAUCAAGCCUGGUUCUGAAAACCCCCAGAGUUUGUGGCUCUACUACGUGACCUAGCUAGCUAUUCCACACAUUGACUACUCUCUGAAAAAAAUAGUUCCUCACUAUGAAAAUGCCAUUGUAUUUAUGUAGCGUGAACACUAGCAACAUCAGAUGCUCCAGUUGACCGUGGUCAGCAUCACCGUUCCUCCCGGUUGUCAGACUCCUAAUUCCCUCCCGUUCAUUUUCUGGACCUCGCCAAAAUAGUUUUUAAAGCACAAACUAUAACUGCAAAGGAUAAUACACUAUAUGACCAAAAGUAUCUGGGCACCCCUUUGGUCUGGGGCUGUCUUUCAUGGUUUGGGCUAGACCCCAUAGUUCUGGUGAAGGCAGAUCUUAAUGCAACGGCAACCUAGACAAUUCUGUGCUUACAGUUUGGGGAAGGCCCUUUCCUGUUUCAGCAUGUCAGUGCCCCUGGGCACACAGCAAGGUCCAUAUAGAAAUGGUUUUGAUGAGAUUGGUGGGGAACUUGACUAGCCUGCACAGAGCCCUGACCUCAACCACAUCCAACACCUUUGGCAUCAAUUGGAAAUCCAACUGCGAGCCAGGCCAAAACGCCAAUCACUGCUUGACCUCACUAUUGCUCUUCCUGCGGAAUGGAAGCAAAUGGAAGCAAAACAAACAGAUACAUUUUGACCUUAGUCAUUAUGGAUCUAUUAUCUUCCGAAGUUAGCGUGUGCUUUAAAACGGUUCAUUUUGAUGAGGUCCUGAAAAUG